CUUCCCUUGUAGCAGAAACGAUAGCAGCAGUAGCGGUAGUAGGGAAGAAGUGGGAGGCGGAUGGAUCUGUUGACCUAAGUAAACUAGGGUCGGACUCGGAAGGCAGUAAAGUUUCGUCCUCAUCGCAAUAAUCACUGCUCUACGGUAAAAGAGAAUGAUAGACUGUGGUCAUAAGCACCCUUAAGGGAUUGUAUCAUAAGCAUCACCUCUGACACGGGAAGUGAGAACUCUGGAGGAUAAAACCAGAAGUAAUAGUAAUUAGGAUCUAAGUUGUUGGGCGGAUUGGUACUAUUUGCAUAUUAUAGUGGGGAAAGUGAUCAACUAAGUGUUGGUAUGCUUCUUAGCUUGUUUAGAACAGGACAGUAAUACAGAGAAAAAGUUGUUUGGAAUUAGUUCUGUGUGCGUUGUGGAAAUUUUAUUUGUAUUGUUGUCCUGCGUAACUGGGUCCAUUUGUGCGCUCUACUAAGAACUUGAAGCGAUGACUUCCAUCCUGCCAUUCACUCCUCCGAUUGUCAAAAGGCUACUGGGAUGGAAGAAAGGGGAGCAGAAUGGGCCAGAGGAGAAGUGGUGUGAAAAGGCUGUUAAGAGUUUGGUGAAGAAGCUAAAGAAGACGGGACAGCUGGACGAGUUAGAGAAGGCCAUCACCACAGAGAGCAUCAAUACAAAGUGCAUCACUAUUCCCAGGUCACUUGAUGGAAGACUUCAGGUAUCUCAUCGGAAGGGACUGCCACAUGUCAUCUACUGUAGGCUUUGGCGUUGGCCUGAUCUGCAGAGUCAUCAUGAGCUGCGUGCUAUGGAAUUAUGUGAAUAUGCUUUUCAUAUGAAGAAGGAUGAAGUAUGUGUGAACCCCUACCAUUACCAGAGGGUGGAGACACCAGUUCUUCCUCCAGUUCUUGUACCAAGGCACACAGAAAUUCCAGCUGAGUUCCCACCAUUGGACGACUACAGUCAUUCCAUCCCAGAGAACACAAACUUCCCAGUAGACUUUGAGCCGCAAAGCAACUAUAUUCCAGAGACUCCACCCCCAGGUUAUCUCAGUGAGGAUGGAGAAACAAGUGACCAUCAGAUGAACCAUAGCAUGGAUACAGGUUCACGAACCUUAUCACCUAAUCAGAUGUCACCUGCACAUAGUAAUCUUGAUCUGCAGCCCGUCACCUACUGUGAGCCUGCUUUCUGGUGUUCUAUCUCCUAUUAUGAACUGAAUCAGCGGGUGGGAGAAACCUUCUAUGCAUCGCAACCUUCUUUAACAGUAGAUGGCUUCACAGAUCCCUCCAACUCAGAACGUUUUUGCCUGGGCUUAUUAUCCAAUGUAAAUCGCAAUGCAGCUGUAGAGCUCACAAGAAGGCACAUUGGAAGAGGAGUAAGGCUGUAUUACAUUGGGGGAGAAGUGUUCGCUGAGUGCCUUAGUGACAGCGCCAUUUUUGUUCAGUCUCCUAACUGCAAUCAGCGUUAUGGUUGGCAUCCAGCUACUGUUUGCAAAAUUCCACCAGGAUGUAAUCUGAAAAUUUUCAAUAACCAAGAAUUUGCGGCACUUUUGGCUCAGUCUGUGAACCAAGGCUUUGAAGCUGUCUACCAGCUGACUAGAAUGUGCACAAUCCGAAUGAGCUUUGUUAAGGGAUGGGGAGCAGAGUACAGGCGUCAGACAGUGACCAGUACCCCCUGCUGGAUUGAACUUCACCUCAACGGACCCCUGCAGUGGCUAGACAAGGUCCUUACACAAAUGGGCUCUCCAAGCAUACGCUGCUCCAGUGUGUCAUAAAGUAGCAUCACACCAAAACUGGACAGAAUUCAUCAUUUCUGCAGUAGCAUGAAAGAAGGCAUCUGGUUACUAGAAGCAGCAUUUGCUACACUUUCCAUCUAGAAAUCAGCAGACUGUUAGAUUGUUAUAAGCCAUACAUUGCCACUUUACAGAAACUAUGCAUGUGGCUUUAGUCGCAAUGCGUUGGAUAACUGUUCUUGAACUUGAGUUCAGAAAAUAAAUGACUUCUGAGCUGUAAUAAAGAUGUGAAACCAUACAUGCAGGUAACAUACAGGGAGCUGUACAGAUUUUAACUGGUGCUAAUCAACCACCUUAACUUGCCACCAUUAAAUGUCGGACUUAUUUCAAAGCAGGGCUAAAGCAUCUGACACAAAGUGUAUGUGAUCCUUUUAACACAGCAAAGAGACAUGGAUUAUCACACUUUUGAACCAAGGUUUGCUGUUACUGCCUUCCUGUUUUAAUAUGCAUAGUGAGACCUUAUGACUUUUUUUUUUUCCAUUGCACUGUGCAAGUGCAUCAUUUUAAAGCUAACAUGUCUUCAUAAGGAUGGAGUAAUAAGCCUGCUGGUUUUAUUUUUGUGGACUGCAACCAUUUUGAUGCCAUUCAUGCUUCACCAUACAUUCUUUAUUCUUUUAUACUAAAUUUGAAAAACUUCAUGAUGCACUUUUUCUCCAUAUUUUAAAUAGUUGCCCAACCCAAGUUGAUGUUGGAUUUUUUUUAUUGAAAUGCAGAAAAAAAUAUAUAUAUAUUUUAUAAUAGGCAAAAAAGGGAAUUUAUAUAGGGGUAGUAUGGUAUACAUUUCAAAUACUGCAGACUUGUAAAAUGGAGCAUAAUUUGCAAGCAUGUGUACAUUACUUGCUGUUUGGCCAGUACCAUAAUUCCAGACAUCAGGGUCCAUGUUAUUGCUUUGUAUAGUCACAUGGUGCAGGUAAAACAUAUUCCAAGUCUGAAAAUUCCUCUCUUCCGGUUUUCAGAUCACCAUUCUUUUUGUAAAUAUAGAUGUUUUAUGCAUACCGCAAAUACUGAUUGAUGGAAUUUGUUGUCACAGAAUGAUAACAUAUACAAGAAUCAAACUGGAAGCCCAACAUAUCUUAGUUGCAGCCCAUUCUGCACCAAGGAAGAAUUGGUAUGGUGUAAGCAAAUGUGUACAGGGAAGUGGCUUAAUGCAGAACUUCUAGAGGUAGUGUACAAAUGGACUGUCUUUUAUUUCAUUAAAUGAUUAAUAAUACCACAUUCAUGACUGAAAAGUUAGGUUGGCUGUGCUAGAUGAGAGUCUCACUGUUCUUAUAAUUUGCAUUUUUUAUUGAUUAUCAAUGCAGUGGUUUAACUGUGUAAUAUGUUGAUCACUGGGGCGUAUAGCAUCAGUAAAUGUUUUAUGGUGUGGGGCAGCAUUAAAGACUACUAUUACUGAAUACUCAAGAUUUUGAAAUUAGCAUGUUGCUGUCUACUAAACUGUAUUUAGUUAUGUCUUCUAAAAAUGGGACAUUAAUCCUUUUAAGUGACUCAGACUUUCUAAAAAGGAUGUUAACAUCAGUAGCCAAAGUAAUGCUUUAUGGGGAUGACACAGCUUAAAACUAACUGCUGCAAACGUUUCUCUGAUUUUUGGAUUGUUGCGAAAGUUUCUUGUGUGUGUCGAGAAAUUAUUCUACUGUGUUCUUUUUAUUGUAUUUAUUUUUUGAGAUGUAUAUAGCUUUCAUAUAUUGACCUCUUUGCAGCUGUCUUGUGCACUAUCCUUAUUGUUCAGUUGCCUGAAUCCUGGUCUUAUAAGUAGUAGGCCACCUUCAGGUCUAUGUGCUGUGUACACUAGAUGUCCUUAGCAUUAGUGUCUUCCUCACAGUUUUUCCUUUUCUCUUGUUCCCCUCUCUUCACUCCUGCAUGUUCCAUUCUGAAAUGAUUGACUUACUCAGACUUUUGGCUCAAUAUUUUGUUUUAACAUUUUUUUAGUUCACUCCCUGCCAUCAAUGCUAAACUGUUAACAUUUUAUGUAACCCUGUUCCCCCCCCCCCCUUCCAUAAUACCUUCCUGUUUGGUUCUCUUUCUGCCAGUUUUCAUCUUUUCUUUGGAAUCUGUGGUCAGGUAUCAGCUGUGCUGGUCGUGGGUACACCACCUCCAUUGUUAGUCCUCCAAGUAUGUUUACUGACUCAGACAGUGUAAACACUAAGUUUGCUUUGCUUGUCAAGCUUCAGCAGUGUGACCUGCAGUAGGAAAUUUGAAGUCCCAGUUAAUGCAUGUCUUUAGGUGCAUUUUCACUCUGUUACAGAGAUUUCACUGCCAAGCUGGAUUCUUCUUAUCUAAACCAAUGUCCUUUAAUGAAGGAAGCUUUUAAGAGGUCAUCAGGAAUUCUGAUGCUCCAGUCCCUUCCAAGAAAUCCAUAUCAGUAUCUCCUUAGGGACCAUUGGCCUGGUAUCACCAACACCAGGAGAUUUCCAUGGAGGUAUCUUCUGCUGUCUGUCUGGUGCAGCAGUGAAAAUACCUAGGACAUCAUUCCCCUAGUAGAGCCUUCCCAUUAACAUCUGCAGCAAGAUCUCAUGUUGAGGAUGGCUUCCCUCUAGUCAUACUUGCUCUAGAAAUGGGUCCAUGCUGUAUGGGAGGAGAGGGGAUGACAGUGGUCCUUUCCCUGUGCAGCAACAGAAGCAGUGAUGUUUUGGCUAAGACAUAACUGGUCUCUUCCAACACACCAACAUAUUUGCCAGCAUUGACUUCAUCUUUUGCCCCAUUUAAGAUGUCAGAUCCCCAAAGCCUUUGCCGCCUUCAGUGGCUAUGCAGCAGCUUGCUUGACUUUUCGUCUAAUUGCUUGCCUCACCAUACUAUGCACUCAUUUCACAACCAUUUGAAAGUUCCUGGCAUCAUACCCACAGUUCCAGUGUUGGAGCUGGCACUAGCAUGCAGAUUGUGCCUGUACUUUCCUCUAUACCACCCACUCAUCAAAUCCCGCUGAAUUCAAACACCAGGACAGUCAGUGUUCCAUGCUCACAGAACAGAAUGUCAUUAGACUGUUCCUCAUAGUCUUCCCAAGGUUUUCAUGCAGCCUUCUUCUGGUCCCCAAGGUGCCAGGAGGCCUUCCUCACUGAAAAAGCCCAAAAAAAACUCUCUGAAAGAUCAAGCAUUUAAAACCACCUGCAGAGUCUGUUACCACCAGCUAGGAUGAUAGGGAUUUCAGCAUUUCCUGAGUCAUUCCAUAGUAAGCUGUUUGGGGAGUUAAUCUUUUGCAGAAGAGGGGUUGGGACACUAACUCUAUCCACCCCCCCCCCAACCAAACAAAACUGUGGAAGACUUGCAGAUUCACUCUCUGGAUCUCCUGGAUGGUAACCACCCCUUGUGGACACUUUAAAGGAUGCCCAGGAAGUCAGAUAAAAUAGUUCAUGUGCUUGGUGAUUUUAUUUGUUUAACAGGUAUGUGAACUAGACCACUAAGGUCCCUUUUUAUUCACAUCAUUGUUACUGUGUGUAUGUAUAGAUAUAAAACAAAUUGUUCAAAAAUAUCUGGUCUAUUGAUUUACCACAGUUGGGGAAAAAAGGCAUUACAAGACUAAAAAGCAUACAAAACUGAGACAAGUGUACAGUAUUUGCAAAUGUUGCAGCAGUAUAUACAGAAAUGCUUUAUUGGAAUAUAAAGAAAUAGUAAACAAAAUGGUGUAUAGAUCAUAGAAUUUAGGUUUUCUAAUGUAUACAUCUGCAUUCAAACUGCUUUUUUUUCAGGUGUAAUUGUUUGUGCUGCAACCCUGAAAUAAAUAGGUUUCAGCAUUGUAAAGCCUACGUGUUCAUUAGAAUAAAGCAAGAGUUGGCAUCUGCUCA